AUGAGAUCUGUGAAGUUGGAGGGAAAUAAAUUCAGCAAUCGCCGUUGGUCGGUUUCGUACCUGCGACGUGGGGCUGUGGGGCGACCUCCACCCUAUAAGCUUAAUAAAGGACAUGUAAAAGAAAAAAAAAUAGGUAGCUUCUCUUUGAUUGAGCGUGUCAUCCUUAGUGCAGGGGCCAUGCUAAUCUUCUCUGUAUAUUUUCAUUUGACCAUAUGCCCCGAAGGGCGAAAGAGCAUCCUUAAAGUUCAAUAUAAACUCACUUUCCGGCAGAAACUGACCGCCUACUAUAUUAGGUGGGUUUGCUACAUAACAUUGUCUCACUGGGUUAGGUACUACCUAGUUUUCCCAAUUUUGACCUUGCCUUUGCAAUCAGUAGGGAUUAGCAAACUGUCCAAAUGCAUUUCCCAAAGCGCCUUGAUCACUAGGAGGUCACAAUGA